UCAUCUGAAUCUAGGUGGAGCUCCUUCCCUCCCUCCMUCCMUCCCUCCCUCUCYGCUGUGUCUGUCCUGCUGGAAAGCUUUUCUGGAACACCUGCACUCGCAGGUACCGGCGCGGCUUUCCAGSAGCCCUGCAGGAGCAGCCAUCGCUUCGUGUCGCUGAGCCUGUGGCACACAGAGCUGUCCUCGUCCCCUCAGCCGCCUGCCCGCAGCCAUGGUGAAGUACGGCCUCGACUACACGCGCUGCAGAUGGAUCCUUCCCCUGCUCCUGGGCAUAGGAGUCAUCUUCGGGAUCAUCGCUCUGGCGGGCAAUGGCUGGCUGGAGUCGCAGACCUUGCCCUAUGUGCAGCAAGCGUCGCUGUGGCAGAACUGCAGGAGGCCSAGCCCGGGCGGCGAGUGGAGCUGCCAGUCCCUCAUGGGCUACGCCUGGGGAAGAGCUGCUGCUGCCACAUACCUGGUUGGCUUUCUGCUUCUAGUCAUCUGUUUUGCACUGGCCAUCAUAGCAUUUGCCAUUGACACGCUUCGGUUCAACUUCAUCCGUGGGAUCGGAGGCUUGCUUUUCGUGGCUGCUGUGUUCUCUAUCAUGGGCCUGGUCAUUUAUCCAGUGAAGUUCUCAUCUGAAAUUGAAAUGACAGGAAUCAAUAUGUUCAGCUGGGCCUACGGCUUUGCCUGGACCACCGCCAUUAUGGAAAUAUGCUUGGGAUUCUUCUUCUGCUGCCUUCCUAAUUAUGAGGAUCAGAUCUUGGGUAAUGUCAAGCCCACAUAUUUUUACUCUUCCCCAUAAGCACCAGGAAAAAUGUAUCCAUAUUCCAGAGAUACCUGACAAACUAGCUAUGUGUUUCAGAACAUUGUCAUCAGAUGUUCUUAGAAAAGGCUGGAAACUUUUCUAAUGUGUGUAGAAAAAUGGCACUGGCAUCUGCAAUAAAUUUAUCUACUCUAUUCUGGACCUUCAAA